AAAGAAAAUCAUAUUAUAUUUAUGCAUACAUGAAUGCUGUACUCCACCUUCCAUACCAAGCAUUCUCUCUUCCUGCAAAAUAUUUCUCCAUCUCCUAUAUUGCUAAGGAAAUCAUAGUCAUUUGGACACUUUUUCAACUGCAUGAUAUUCAAUUAAAUAGAUUUAAGCAUACAUAGGUAACUUGAUUCAAUGAGAGCUAUGAACAUGGAUAAAAUCAGAGAGAGCAACGAGAAGGAGCGAGAUGACUUGGAGCAAGUGGAGGAAGGAACUGAGAAUUCGAGGAGAAUACAGCCAUGGACACAGCAAAUCACAGUAAGGGGAGUGCUUGUGAGCAUUCUUAUUGGGAGCCUUUACAGUAUUAUAGCCAUGAAGCUGAACCUGACCACUGGUCUAGUUCCCAAUCUCAACGUCUCCGCUGCUCUUCUUGCCUUUGUAUUCAUUCGGACAUGGACUAAAGUUCUUCAAAAAGCCGGAAUUAUGUCAAAGCCAUUCAGUCAACAAGAGAACACCAUGAUACAAACUUGUGCUGUUGCAUGUUAUAGCAUUGCUGUUGGAGGAGGAUUUGCUUCAUAUCUUUUGGGAUUAAACAGGAAGACAUAUCUAUUGUCUGGAGUAGACACAGAGGGGAACUCUCCAAGGGCUAUCAAGGAACCAGGGUUUGGGUGGAUGACUAGCUUCCUUUUUAUAGUCUGUUUUGUUGGGCUUUUUGUCUUAAUUCCUCUCAGAAAGAUAAUGAUUGUGGACCUCAAAUUAACAUAUCCAAGUGGCUUAGCAACUGCUGUUCUCAUCAAAGGUUUCCAUAGCCAAGGGGACAACAUGGCCAAGAAACAAGUGCGUGGUUUCAUGAAGUACUUUUCAUUCAGUUUUUUGUGGGGGUUUUUUCAGUGGUUUUUCUCAGGAAAAGAGGGAUGUGGUUUCUCACAAUUUCCUACUUUCGGAUUGCAAGCUUGGAAACAAACAUUCUUCUUUGAUUUUAGCAUGACCUUUGUUGGCGCAGGGAUGAUCUGUUCACAUACUGUUAACUUAUCUUUACUUUUUGGAGCUGUGGUUUCCUAUGGACUGAUGUGGCCACUCAUCGAUAGGCACAAAGGAGAUUGGUUUCAUGAGAAUCUAACGGAAAGCAACAUGAAGGGUUUAUAUGGUUACAAGGUGUUUGUAUCUGUUGCUCUGAUUCUGGGGGAUGGGCUGUACAACUUCCUCAAGAUACUCUGCCUCACCGUCAUUAAUAUCCAUGGCAGAUUGAAGAAUAAAAACCUUGACACAGAUUUGGAUGGUCAGAAGAAGACAGAUGAGAAUGUUAAACAAAAUGAACUCUUCCUCAGAGAGAACGUCCCCAUGUGGAUAGGCGUGGUUGGAUAUGUAAUUUUCUCCAUCAUGUCCAUAAUUCUGAUCCCCAUCAUGUUCCCUCCGCUUAAAUGGUACUAUGUUGUAGUGGCAUACAUUUUUGCUCCAUCUCUGGCAUUCUGCAAUGCCUAUGGAGCUGGUCUCACAGACAUGAACAUGGCAUAUAACUACGGGAAAGUAGCCCUGUUUGUGCUAGCAGCAUUAUCUGGUAAAGAAAAUGGUGUUGUUGCAGGGCUUGCUGGGUGUGGUCUCGUCAAAUCUGUUGUUUCUGUUUCCUGCAUUCUGAUGCAAGAUUUCAAAACAGCCCAUUACACUCUUACCUCUCCCAGGGCAAUGUUCCUGAGCCAGGCAAUUGGGACAGCAAUUGGCUGCGUGACAGCUCCUCUAAGCUUUUUCCUGUUCUAUAAGGCAUUUGAUGUUGGAAACCCUGAAGGAGAUUUCAAAGCUCCAUAUGCCUUGAUCUACAGAAACAUGGCAAUUCUAGGCGUGGAAGGCUUUUCAGCCUUGCCUCACCAUUGCUUGCAGCUGUGUUAUGGCUUCUUUGCUUUUGCAGUGGCAGUCAAUCUGGUGAGAGAUUUCUGCCCCCCCAAGAUUGGGAAAUGGAUGCCACUGCCAAUGGCAAUGGCAAUACCAGUUUUAGUUGGGGCAUACUUUGCAAUUGAUAUGUGCUUGGGGACUUUGGUUGUGUUUGUGUGGCACAAACUCAAUACCAAGAAGGCUGAACUGAUGGUUCCAGCAGUAGCAUCAGGACUAAUAUGUGGAGAAGGGCUCUGGGUUCUCCCUGCCUCCAUUCUUGCUCUGGCCAAAAUAAGGCCUCCUAUUUGCAUGAAAUUUGUGCCUUCCUAGAGUAACCAUUUAAGAAAGGGCAAUAAAAGCUUGGGAUUGAGGAAGGGUCUCAUCCACACACUUUCCUCCAAUAAUGUGUACCAUUGCAGUAUGAGAUAGGGCAAAUUAGUUUUCUAGGAAUACAAUGCAACAUUCUGUAUCCAGCCCCAAUGGAAAUACAUUUCAUUGGUUUUCAUUGUUUCAUGUCACAGCUUUCUCUUACUCCACCUGUGUUGCAUUCUCGCCAUUAGUAAACUCAAAUUGGUGUA